AUGUCUGAAAAGCCAAACAGCAUUGAGUUGGAGCACAACACAAUGGCGACUGAUGAGAAUAACAGUGUCGAGCACCACGAGCUCAAAACUCACUACUCACAUGUUGACAACAGCCUGGCUUUCAAAGGCGAUGACUCUGAUGGCAAGGUUGCUUGGACUGCUCGCAGCCUUAUUGCUGCCAUGUCGCUUGGCUUCCUCUACGUUGGCUCCCAGAUCAUGUUAUACUUCGUCGGCGGAAGUCUAUCAUUCAUGGAGGCGGAACUCCACGCGACGGCCCACGCCAGUUGGCUUCCAGUAUCCAAUACGCUUGCUAUCACGGCAGUCGCUCCUUUCACCGGGUACCUGCAAGAUCUCCUUGGGAGACGAGAGAUUACGCUCGCUGGAUCGAUCAUGAUCAUGGUCGGCCAGGCUCUGGUUGGGAGUGCCCAUACGUUUGGACAAGCUGUCACAGGAAUGGCGCUUGGUGGAGGUGGUGCAGGAAUUUGCGAACUUACUGCUCUUGCUGGCAUCUCUGAUAUCGUGCCAGUCCGACACCGUGGCAUUGCCCUCGGCCUGAUGACUGGUGUCAUUAUCCCUUUCACCCCUUAUGUCAUGUACUCUCAACUCUUGGGAACUUACCAUACUUGGAGGUGGGGACAGUGGAUUUGUCUCAUUUGGAAUGGAAUUACUUUCAUCGGACUGGUGACAACAUAUUUCCCCAAGGCACAUCCACGUAUGGAAGGAUUCAACAAAAAAAUGAUCCUUGCUCGGAUUGACUACGUUGGGGCUUUCCUCUCCAUCACCGGAAUCACGCUCUUCCUAGUUGCCCUUCAAGCUGGAGGCUACACUCAUUCCUGGCGCGGCGCUUACGUACUGUGCCAACUUAUCAUUGGCAUUGUACUAAUCCUAAGCUUUGUGGUGUGGGAAUGGAAGUUUGCAAAGUACCCAAUGAUUCCAGGCGAGAUGUUCAGAGGGCAGAAAAUCGUCGCUCUGGCGUUCUGCGUAGCUUUCGUGGCCGGCGUGAAUUUCUACUCACUAAUCAACUUCUUCCCUUUGUCAUUUGGAACAAUCUGGAGCCCAGAUCCAGUUCAAAUUGGCUUGAAAGGCCUUGGCUAUGGUAUCUCGACCACUGUGGGAGCAGUCUUCUUCAAUGCUCUACUCUCCACGAAGCUGGAAGCGAAGUGGGUUCUCCUAGCCGCAGCAUCCAUGAUGACUGCAUUUGGGGGAGCUCUAGCGGUAUCGAAUCCUACGAAUCCGAAAGUCGCCGUCGCCUUGGGCACACUUGCCAGCUUCGGCGUAGGUGGCGUGCUGGUCCCUAGUGCUACGGUGGCACUUAUUGUUGUCCCCGAUGCCCUUCUAGCCACCACGGCGGCAUUGUCGCUGUCUAUUCGCACGAUUGGCGGCUCUAUCGGGUUCACCAUCUAUUACAAUAUCUUUGUGAACAAACUCACGACAAUGCUUCCCGAAUCUGUUGCCGAAUAUGCCAUUGCAGCAGGACUUUCAGCUGCCGAUGCUACAGCAUUCGUUACGACGUUCCUGACCGACCCAGCAGCCAUCGAAUCAGCACCCGGAUAUACACCAGCAAUUGCGAAAGCAGCAACAUUAGGAACUUCAUGGGCCUAUGCGGGAGCCCUCAAAUAUGUCUGGUAUGUGAGUAUUCCUUUUGGUGUCCUCGCCAUGAUCAGCGCGGCCUUUGUACCCAACAUCAAGAAGUACCAGACCAACCGUGUAGCUGUGGCGCUGUAG